AUGGUUGUCGCUUCGGUGAACUACCGGUUCUUUACCAGAAAAGCACUGACUAAGGAUAUAGCCAACAUCGAAGACUGGUUCGAGAGGUCUAUCGGUGCGACCACCGGUGAGUUCGAGUUUGACUUCACCCCUGCCGGCUGGGUCUUCACGCUCUGGGCCGUCAUCUUCUUCUGGAACCUCAUCUGGCACUUCUACGCGCUUACCACCAUCUGUCGCAGGUAUAAGCAUGAGUACGUGUACGUGUUCCCCAACGCCCUCCCCACGCCGUUCUGGGUGGCCUGGAUCAUCAACCUGGGGCUCAACAUCGGCUGGCAGUUCCUGUUCGACCGGCGAUACAUGAUCCCGGCCGCGGUCUUCAUGGCGCUCAUCGUGGUGUCACUCAUCGUCUGCCUGGCCACCACCUACUUCCGCACCUGUAGGGACGGAGCCUGGAUGAAGGAUAACAUGCCGGGCGAUCUGUACGCAGUUCGGCUCCUGUGUCACAACGGCCUGGGCAUCUACAUCACCUUCGCCACGGUGCUGUUCCUCCUCAACCUCGGCAUCUGCCUCAUCUUCUGGGGAACGGGAUUCGCCAGGAUUGACGUGACCACGGGCCUGUUCUCUGCGCUGGCGUUCCUGAUGCUGGUGUGGUUCGUGCUGGAGAACUUCACGCCGCUGGAGCCGUACUGCCGGUACACCCUCACCAUCUGGCCCACCCUCAUCGUCCCGCCCGCCAACUUCUGGGACGAGAACGACCGUAACGACAUCUACAACGCGGUUCUGCUGGGCCUGGCCUGUCUGUUCUGUCUGCUCCGCUUCAUCCUCGUGCUGGUCAACCAUCGCAGGAAGCCCAUCGACUACGGAAUGUAUUGAUCACGAAGACUGAUCCACAUUGAUUCCAACUGAUUGAUGACGCAGGAUGAUUGACACCAAUCACAGAACACGAUGAUAAGAGAUUAUGAGAUUGAUCUUACUUAAUUGAAAUAUGAUUAAUUGGUUAAAAUGCAGUAAUCGAAUGUUGAAUGGUAUCUUUACAUGUUAAUCAUUACAUGGUUAUGAAUGAACUUGAUCAACGAAUGAAAGGGCAUUGAAAGCUCUAUGAAUGUAAAUUCCCUUUGGAUGUACAGUCAAACCUGUCUAUCAUGACCACUUCAAUACUUUUGUCAUUGGGAAA